GGUCCUGGUGCUGAUUGGUCUGUUUCCUGCAGGUACGCCAUUCUCACCAAGGAGUCGUGGCCCCGCUGGAGCGGAGACCAGCGGCAGGGGGGCCUGCACCUCCUCAGCUCCGUCCACAUGGACCAGGACCAGUUCCAGCUGGGCAAGAGCAAGGUGUUCAUCAAGGCCCCGGAGUCGCUCUUCCUGUUGGAGGAGAUGAGGGAGAGGAAGUAUAACGGUUACGCUCGGGUCAUCCAGAAGGCCUGGCGUAAACACAUCGCUGUCCGGAAGUACGUGAAGAUGAGGGAGGAAGCCUCCGACGUGCUGCUAAACAAGAAGGAGCGCCGCAGGAACAGCAUCAACAGGAACUUUGUGGGCGACUACCUCGGCACCGACAACCACCCCGAGAUCCGGCAGUUCGUCGGCCGCAGAGAGAGGAUCGACUUCGCCGACGUGGUGGUGAAGUUCGACCGCAGAUUCAGGACGGUGAAGCGGGACCUCAUCCUGACCCCCAAGUUCCUGUACCUGAUUGGUCGAGAGAAGGUGAAGCAGGGUCCGGAUAAAGGCCAGAUCCAGGAGGUUCUGAAGAGGAAGAUCGAGAUCAACAAGAUCCAGUCCGUGUCCCUGAGUACGCUGCAGGACGACUUCUUCAUCGUCCAUGAGGAAGAGUACGACAGCGUCCUUCAGAGCGUCUUUAAGACGGAGUUCCUGAGUCUGCUGGUGAAACGCGUCCAGGAGAAAACGGAGAAGAAGCUGCCGCUGAAGUUCAACAACCUUCUGGAGUUCAAGGUGAAGAAGGGGGGCUGGGGUCCGUUCAGCUCCUCGGGGUCCCGGCAGAUCCAGUUCCAGGCGGGUCAGGGGGACGAGGUGGUCUUUAAGCCCAGCGGGAAGGUCCUGCAGGUCUCCGUCGGACCGGGUCUGCCCAAAAACUCCAGACCGACGAGGAAGGACAACCGCAAGAGUCGCUACAUGGGGAAACAGACCCCGUCCAGCCAGCACAGCUCAGGUACCAGAAACCACCAAAACGGACUGAAAAUGGGACCUGACUGGUUUUCCUACAGAACCGCAGGAACCAAAGGGUCCGGCAGCACCGUCAGAUGUAACGCUGUUAGCAGCCGGUAGAGUUGCAUUAUGAUGCAUUCA